CUACGCGCAUGCGCGGUGUAUUGAGUUUGGCGCGCGGGACUACACAAGGAAACCUACAGAACUGCGUGCUGUUGUCCGUACUACUACAUAGUGUUAAUAACAUUUCAGAUUAGCUUUUAUUGACCUAAUUACAAGGAACCAACAUGUGGAACCAGGGAGGGCACAGUGAGAGUAUGGGCGGAGGUUACACUCAGUCUCCAGGAGGCUUUGCAUCACCUGCCCUAUCCCAGGGAGGAGAGAAGAAAGGGAGAACCCGUGCCACACAGAUAAUCCCCUGCACAGUGUCUCAGAUGAUGUGUGCUUCCCAGGCUGAUGAAGCCUUCAAAGUAGGAGAUGUGGAAGUUUCCCAGGUUACCAUUUUGGGUAUCAUCAGGAGCACAGACAAAUCCAUGACGAACAUCCAGUAUAAGGUCGACGACAUGACGAGUGCUCCCAUGGAUGUGAAGCAGUGGGUAGACACGGAGGAUCCCGGUGUGGACAGCACCGUCCUGCCUCCGGGCACGUAUGUCAAAGUCUCUGGCAAUCUGCGCUCCUUUCAGAACCACCGAUCUAUCGUGGCAUUCAGUGUCAGGCCCGUUGAGGACAUGAACGAGAUCACCUCGCAUAUGCUGGAGGUUGUCCAAGCGCACAUGGCACUCGGCAAAUCUCAGACCAUGACGGGUGCCGGAGGAGGAAUGAGCAGUGGCAUCACGCCCAUGUCGCGACCGGGCAACCUGGGAAACACGGGAAGCAUGGGAGGGAGCUAUGCAGGUGCUACCGACAUGACUAACAAUGGGUUAAGCAAAAACCAGAAUCAGGUUCUGAGUUUAAUCAGAGGCUGCCCAGACCCACAGGGCAUCAGCAUUCAGGACCUAAAGCAGAGACUCAAUGUCAUGAGUCUGGCUGUCAUAAAGCAAGCAGUGGAAUUCCUAAGCAACGAAGGUCACAUCUUUUCCACCAUCGACGAAGAUCACUACAAAUCAACAGACAAUGAUGAUUAGAUUGCUUCACCUUUUGGCACCAGUUAUUUGAGUUUAACCUGAUACAAGUCAUUCGGUUUUUAUAACUCAUAGCUAACAAUUAAAUCACAAUAAUGCCGCAGAACUGAGUGACCUAAGAAUCCUUCUGUGUUAAGGUACUGUAGUGGGUGUUAGUUGAAGAACACAUGGUUUAGGUUUGGUGAGACCUUUCGGUUUAAAUGUGUAUUCCUGAGGUUGCUUCUGCUAUUUUGCAAGUCCCAAAGGUGUUGCUGUUGAAGAAGCCGUUGUUGGCUGUUAAUACUGUUAUUCUGUAUUUUCCACCUCCAUUGUAAAGCAUUUUUGUAAUUUUAAAGAUUUGGAAAGCAAGUAUUCAAUUUAUUUUUGUUAAUGUAACUUACUUUUGCCAAAAUUAAAGAUUAUACAAAAUA